AUGUCUGACCCCAACAAUCCCAACAUUAAAUCGAGAACCACUCCGCAAUGGUCACUUUACCGACGUGAAGCGUUUUGGAAUACCAAUUCUGGCCAAUUUCCCCCCUUUAACACCGAUCCCAUCGAAGUUGAAAAGCUCGCAAGGGAGAAGCUAUCUCAAAAUGGAUGGUAUUACUCUUCUUGCAACGCAGGUCUUUCAUGGACGCACUUGGCGAAUCGACAGGCAUUCUACCGUCACAGAAUUAUACCACGCACACUAGUCGACACCAACAUCAGAGAUACCGCCACAGAGAUCUUCGGCCACAAAGUCUCUGCCCCCAUUGGCUUCGCGCCAAUUGGCAUCAAUCGUAUCUACCAUGCAACAGGCGAACUCUCCGUCGCAAAAGUUGCAGAGGAACUAAAUCUCCCAUACUGCCUCUCGUCUGCCGGUAGCUACAGCAUCGAAGACGUCGGCAAAGCCAACGGCAACGGACCGCGAUUUUUCCAAUUAUAUCAAAGUCACGAUGAUGAAUUGGCUAUUUCUAUGAUGCAACGUGCUUGGGACUCGUGUUUUGAUGCUUGUAUGCUAACUACGGAUACCUGGUCUCUUGGAUGGCGCCAUAAUGACGUUUUUACGGGAAACUAUGCUUUCUAUCAUGAGCAUGGAGCGGGGGAUAUUGCGUUACAGGAUCCUGUUUUUUUAAAGAGGCUGAAAGAGGCUGGUAUUGAUCCUAAGAAGAAUCCUAAAGAGGCGGGGGCGAAGUGGAUUGACGAGAAUAUUUGGCAUGGUCGGGCUCAUACUUGGGACAAGGUGAAGUGGACAACGGCUCAAUGGAAGAGGAUUAGUGGUGGUAGGCCUUUUUGUCUAAAAGGUAUUCAGAGUGUUGAGGCAGCCAGGAAAUGUGUUGAGAUCGGAAUUGACGGUAUCGUGGUAACCAACCACGCCGGCCGACAAGUGGAUGGUGCUAUUGCGAGUCUUGAUGCUCUGAAGAAGAUUGUUGAUGCUGUUGGAGAUAGCAUAUACAUCAUGUUCGACUCGGGAGUGCGUACGCCAGCUGACGCUUUUAAAGCCCUUGCUCUUGGAGCGAAAUUCGUAUUCCUUGGCCGUCUGUGGGUGUGGGCACUGAGCAUCGCCGGUGAACAUGGCGUACGUCAUCUUACGAAGAGCUUUCUGGCCGAAUUUGAUCUUCUGAUGGAGGAAGCUGGAUUCCAGUCAAUUGACCAGAUUGAUCGCUCCGCCCUUGACAGUCUUCCGAAUACCUCUAACCUGAUUGCCGAAGAUAUCCUGGACCUUUUCCUCUGUGGUGUUCUUUCCGCGAUGUAG